AGUGCAACCAGACCAGGUUGGGGAGAGAGAACGGGGCACUCACAGAGAACUCUGUCGAGGGGUCUGGGCUCCUUCAGGGAGUUGGGAGGUGGGCAGGUGGAUGUGCCGAGACGGAGGAAGUCCCAACAGCUACAGGACGGACUCUGACCAGUCGUUGUUGCUGGAGGGGACGGCUCGACUCCCACACACACACACACACACACAGAGACUGCCUGCUGAGAUAACGCCGCGUUUCCGACCCCAGGGCUCAGAGCUGACAGAGUUUCAGCACCUCACGACGGUCCUGGACCUGCUGGGUUCGGGUCCAACAUUUUGGAAUCAUGUUCUGGUCACCAGGAAGACACAGAUGAACCGAUCGCACGAUAUCAUCACGAAAGCCUGAGAUCCUGCAGUAAAAUAUUUCCUCGUCUUCGUUUCUGCGCCGCAGCAUCCAUUUGGGGGAAGAGAAAAGACGUAUUGCCCGGUCAAACCCUGGGUUCGAAGGAAAUCUGAGUCAGGGUGGCCCCACCCCUUCCAGGGCUGCCGACUCUGAGGGGGCCCGUCCGGGAGUUUGUCGUGCGCUGAAUCAUGUGUGACCGACAACGAGAGGAGAGUGAACGCGGAACAGACGGUGGGCCCUGUCAAUAAUCCGAACGCCGAUGCGUUCGGCGCCUCCACGCCAACAUGUUCAGCCGGCGCCGUUCCCGAGGUGACAAACCCACCAGGAAAACGAGAGGCAGGAGCAGCGUCCCCGCUGCGUUUCCCCAAACAGACAGCAGCGCCUCAGAGUCGGGGGAGGGUACGUCGGCUCACGGGACAGCCCCGGGGUUCGGGACGGUGUUUGACCCGACGGUGUGGCCUCCCUCGUCUGGCGGUGCAGCCCAGACCAGCGGGAGGGUGGCACCGGCCGCGGGCACACCGAGCGUGGAACUGGAUCCCCUGGCCGGGACCUUGUAUUCCAGCUCAGCGCGCGCAGAGCAGACAGAUGUGGACCGGGCAGCCAGUGGCAAGUCGAAGGGCUUCACCUUCACCUUCCCCAGUCUCCCCCGGCUUUGGGAUGCGUUCCCUCGGAACCUCGCCCCUCCCUGGAACCGGAUGCCCAGCCAGGACCCCGGCCCUCCUGCAGCCCGCGGGGCAGAGGAGCAAGGACAGGAGGGCCCGGCGAGACGCUCCCUCUGGACGUUGGGCUGGGGGAGGAAGGAAGAGGCUGGCAUGGGUGGCGCCGACCGAACGCGGCCCGGACCCGAGCCUGGCAGGGUGGGCAAGCCGGGGAGAGGCUGGAUCUUCGGGGGUGCCGGACGUUGGCGUGGUUCAGCUGCCGGGAGCGAGAGAGAGGCCCCCGCCCUCCCGUGGGAUAAAGGCGGCGACUUCAGUCAGUGGAGGGGGGAAAGGAUGGAGAGCGUCGCGGGAGGUAACGGAGCCAGCCGUCUCAGUUAUCGGGACCCUGGCUCCAUCACCAUCGAUGAGCACCAGGCCCCCAGCAAACAAAGCCAGGCCACUCCCACCAGGUCGGACUCGUCUGACAAUAUGGAACUAGGUUCCGAAGACACGGAUAGGAAUCUGGGACAGACGGGAAAGGACGUGGAUAGGCAGAUAGGUUCCAAAUUCCGAACAGCCAAUGAGCCGCAGCCGACAUUCGGACAGGAAACAACGCCGGUGAAAAAAGCAAAGUGGACGUUCACCUCUGACAUGGCCGAGGCGUUGGAUCAGCCGGACACAGAUCCCAGUGCUGCUAUCAGACAGACCUUGAGGGGUUAUACUGACAUCACUCUCCGCAGAGUGACUGAAUUUUACCGACAGAGGAUCGAAGAGGCAAUUGAGGAGUAUAUCGAAGCUGUCUCCCUGAUGAUACUGCACAAGAUAAAGUCACAUGAAGAUCUCUACAGGGAAAUCCAACGCCUAGUGAAGGACGGGAGUCAUCGUCGAGCCACGGAACAUCUCCUGGAUUCGGUGAUGGAGAGUGGAGCUCAGGCAGGGAGAGUCAUGUGGGAAACAUUCAUCAAGAUGAAACUUACCAACCCCAAACUGAGCAACAUACUGCAAGAGAUUGAGAGUAAAGGAGCCAGCCUACGGAUGGAAGUGAGCCAGAGUUUAAUGGAACCCAAAGUGUCCAACUACCUCAAAGAUGUCCAGACCCAAUACAAAAGCUUCCUCCUUCGAGCCAGUGAGGACUUCUGGGUCGACACUGUCGGUGGGAAGAGGGAGCGGUUCUGUCUGGAGGAGUGCUACACCGAACAGGUCAUCGUGGUUUCCGGUCCCGAACGGGGCGUUGCGGGGCACAGCCUGACCGCGAGAGGAAAGAGGCGUGAGGAAGGGCAACGGAAGCUGAUCAAGUCCCAGUGGGAGACCGUGAGGAUCGGUCAGUUGUUCAGGAGCAGCUUCGGGAAGAGCAGCCUGUCUGGGACCGUGGUGGUGAGCGGGCCGGCAGGGAGCGGGAAAACGACCAUGGUCCGGAAAAUCGUCCGGGACUGGGCCGACGGUAAGGCCUAUCAGCAGUUCCAUUUUGUGUUCCUGUUUAAUUUUCGAGACCUCAACAGCGUUGCAGGCAGGACAAGCCUCAAGAAGCUGAUCCUGAAUUCAUAUCCUCACUUUGGGAACAGCGUGGAACGUCUCUGGGAGCAGCCUCAGGGGCUGCUGUUUAUACUGGACAGUCUGGAGGAGUUCAAGGAGAAGAUUGACUUCGAGGGGCCGAAGGGAAACGCGCUGCCCGAGCACCAGUGUUUCCACCCGGAAUGUCUGUGCGAGGUCUCGGACAUUGUCCGUUGCCUGAUCCGACAGGACGUGCUGAAGGGCUGCUCUGUCUUGCUGACCACCCGCCCGACCGAACUGCAGAGGCUGAGAAACGCGGGGAUCAAUCUGUGGGCUGAGAUCGUGGGCUUCCUGAGGGAACAGCGCAAGGAGUUCCUGGCCAAAUACUUUGGAGAUCGGAGCCUGGCCGAAGCGGCGUUCACCUACCUGGAACAGAAUGAGGUCCUUUAUUCCAUGUGUGACAAUCCAUCGUAUUGCAGAAUCAUCUGCUCCUCACUGGCCCCUGGUUUACAGCGAAUGCAGGCAACUCAGGAAACACUCCCGACGACUGUCACUCAGCUAUUUGCGAGUUACACGUCGAACAUCUUCAAAAACCAUCAAUUCAACAUUUAUAAACGUCACGCUGUCAGUGCUGAACAAAUCCGGGACUUGGUGCUCAGAACUGGUCAGCUGGCCUACCUGGGAAUCUGUCAAAACAUCCAUGUUUUUCACGAGAGACAUUUAAAUUCCUGCAACGUGGAGCGAUCGUGCGCUCUCCCGGGGUUCCUGACACAACACACAGACCCAAACAGUUCCCAAGCCCUUUUCUCCUUCGUUCACGUCACCCUGCAAGAAUUCAUGGCAGCCCUCGGUCAAUACCUGACUGCAGACCCGCAAAGUCUGGCACAGCUCCUCACCGAGCUCCUCGACUCUCCCCAGGCCGAUCCCCAAUUCAAGAUGUUCCUCAGGUUUACGGCCGGCCUAUCGUCGCCAGGUUCCGCACGGAUACUCAAAGACCUCCUCGGACCCCUCCCGCACGAGACCACCUGCUCGGUGAUAGACUGGGUGAAGACACAAGUUGAGGUCAGCUCCACCAAGCGCAGGCUGUUGGAAUCCAUGUAUUACCUGUUUGAAUCACAGCACACAGGGUUAAUGCAGCUCGCGGUGGGGUUGAGAGGGACCCUCACACUCGGAGAUGACUUCCCUGGCAAUGCAAUUCCCCUGAGCCCCCUGGACUGCUCCGUACUGGGGUCUGUGAUUCAACGCUGCGGCGAGGUCCAGGAACUUAACCUCAGCAACUGCGGCCUGGGAACGGAAGGCAUCCAGAGACUGGCGUCUGCUCUCCACAAGUGCAAGGUGCUCAGACUGCGAGGUAAUAAUCUCACGGACGACGGAGUGAACCUGCUGUCUGAGACACUGAAGAGGGAGGACUGUAAAAUACAGCAACUAGACUUGUCUUCCAACGGUAUCUCUCACACCGGCGCCCAGGAACUGGCCAAGGGGCUCAGCAGCAACUCGUCCCUGACGCAGCUCAAUCUGAGUCGGAAUAAACUGGGGGAUACCGGAAUGACGGACCUGUGUGAGGCACUGAGCAGUCCGCAGUGUAAGAUACAGUCUCUGCUGAUCUGUGAGAACCUGAUUCGGGGGAAUAUCAUUGAAAAACUCGUGUCGACCCUCAGCACCAAUCGAUCGUUGACAUCUCUGAACCUGAAUAAGAACAAGCUGGGAGACCGGGGGAUCAGACUGGUGGCUGCCGUCCUGGGACAAAGGAGUUGUACUCUACAAACACUGGAGCUGGAGGGCAACGGGAUUGCAAACACGUACAUCGAAGAGCUCGCGGUCGCUCCCACCACCAACCUGGCGCUGACGGAGGUGAACCUGUCAGGCAACUUGCUCACUGACCUGUCUGUCCUUGCCCUUUCGACGCUGAUCCGGAGACACCCCUCCCUCCAGACGAUCGGAUUGCAGUGGAAUAGAUUCAGUGCCGAUGGAUUGAGGUUUCUGCAGUCACUGAACAGGCCUGGGCUCUGCGUGCAGGUGUAUACGUCGAUAAUGAGUGGGGGACUUAAACACUGCUCCCAAGCUAACAAGGAACGUAAAUCGACUGAUGACUGAAACGAAACUCCGUGAGGCACUCACUCUGUGCUGUACCGUACCUAAGGCCAGAAGACCAUCAGACACAGGAGUGGCAGUAAGGCCAUUCGGCCCACUCCGCCAUUCAAUCAUGGCUGGUGGGCAUUUCAACUCCACUUACCAGCGUUCUCCCCGUAGCCCUUAAUUCCUCGAGACAACAAGAAUCUAUCAAUCUCUGCCUUGAAGACAUUUAGCGUCCCGGCCUCCACUGCACUCUGCGGCAAUGAAUUCCACAGGCCCACCACUCUCCGGCUGAAGAAAUGUCUCCGCAUUUCUGUUCGGAAUUGACCCCCUCUAAUUCUCAGGCUGUGUCUACGGGUCCUAGUCUCCUCGCCUAACGGAAACAAUUUCCUAGCGUCCACCCUUUCCAAGCCAUGUAUUAUCUUGUACGUCUCUAUUAAGUCUCCCCUUAAUCUUCUAAACUCCAAUGAAUACAAUCCCAGGAUCCUCAGCCGUAUGUUAGACCAACCAUUCCAGGGAUCAUUCCGUGUGAAUCUCCGCUGGACACGCUCCAGCGCCAGUAUGUCCUUCCUGAGGUGUGGGGACCAAAACUGGACACAGUACUCCAAAUGGGGCCUAACCAGAGCUUUUAUAAAGUCGUUGGGUUAGGGCCUGAAAAUGAGAAUGUGGAUGCUGCUUUUAAAUAAAAGGCUUAGAAAGUACAAAGCGUUCCUUGCAGCUUUGGGAAAAACAAGUGAACUCAAAUGAGACCAUGUUCCACCCAGCCCAGAGUUCCUCGCAGGAUUUGUGGGGUGCUCUGUUUCGAACCUGGCAAACAGCCCACCCGGAGGAAACUUGUAAUUCUCAUCAGUUCCAGGGUUUCUGGGGCUUGACUUCCAGUGAGUCACAGCGUUUCAGCUGCAUUUAGAUAUUCACUGGCUCUUCCGAGGCUGCGAUGAAGGGCUGGAAGUCGGUGGUUCUCGUUGUCAGGUCUUUCCUGGACUGCGACGAACACAGUGGGCCGAAUGGUCACCCUCCCUGCUAUAUGCACAUCUCAGGGAUGAGGAGUUUCAGAUGUUGGGUUGUUGGGACAUCUGCGAUUUGGAGAUUGACUCAGCCGUCCAGGAUUUGGAAAGAGACAUGAAUCUUGCUGUUGGAGGGACAGCUAUUACAAAGAAGGCUGCCCUGAACUUUGGGCUGUUUGUGAAUUUACAGCCAGUCAGGUUGAAGAGAAGUCGGAACUGCAAGUUACGUUCUCUCACAGAGAAGGACAGGAUGAGCAGACACAGGAGGGCUGGG